AUGGCAACAAUCGCCUUAAUCGGCCUCGGCUCCGUAGGCGCCUCAACCGCCCUAUCCCUAAUCCACCGGCGCAUCCAAGGCACCCUCCUCCUCGUGGAUAUCAAAUCCAGUCUCCGGGACGCACAAGUGCGCGAUCUGGCUGAUGCCGCGCUCGUUUACGGCUCCGUGACCAAGAUCGAAGCGGCCACGCACCAGGAAGCAAGUCAAGCAGAUGUGGUGAUCAUUACCGCGGGGGUGAAUUAUACUCCUGGAGAAACCACCCUCCAACACCUGUACCACAAAUUCAGUAUCCUGAAGAGCAUACUCAACGAGAUGCGGCCGUUCAACCCUAAUGCUAUUAUAUUGGUCGUCGCUAACCCAGUUGAUACUCUCACCACCCUCGCUCAAGACAUCGCAGGCCUGCCGAGAAAGCAAGUUAUCGGGGUGGGGACUUGUAUCGACUCACUACGGCUACAGGACGAGGUAUCCCGCUUCCUGGGUACCACGAUGGAAGAAACAGAGGGGUAUGUGGUCGGUGUGCGGGACAGUGAGAGCCAGGUUGUCGGGUGGUCCGGGUUAAUGACUCCCCAAGGGAGGGAUGGGAUCGCGAUUCAGAAGAGGAUAGAGAUAGAAAAUAAGAUUUGGGGCAGGUUGAAGGCCAUUGUUGCUGGGAAAGGGGGCGCGCCGUGGGGGAUUGGAGCUGUGGCCGGGGGGAUUGCGGUGGCGGUGCUGGAGGAUAAUAAGAAGACUGUCUGGACGGUGAGUUGUUGGAGGGAGGAUUAUAGGUGUUGCUGUUCGUGGCCGGUUGUGGUGGGGAGGGAGGGGGUGGUCAGGGAGGUGAAGUUGGAGUUGGGACAGAGUGAGAAGGAGACAGUUGAAACGGGAGUUAUGAGGUUGAAUAUUUUGUUGGAGAGGGUUAGGGUAAAUGAUGCUGGAGGGUCGUAG